AUGGCAUUAGUGACUGUGCGGUUGGGAAGAGAUGUACAUGCGAUAGGCUUUCUCGAGCUGAUACGGAGUGACUCCAGCAUACCACCUUGGCAACUGAAAUAUCCUAAGCUAGUUCUCCGAGAAUCCGGCAGCGUCCCUGAGGAGCUCCACAGAGAGGUGCAAGCAGCCUUCCUCACCCUGCACAAGCACGGCGUCCUCUUCCGGGACCUGGUGAGGGUCCAGGGAAAAGAUGUGCUCACUCCCGUAUCUCGCAUCCUCAUCGGGAACCCGGGCUGCACCUACAAGUACCUGAACACCAGGCUCUUCGCCGUACCCUGGCCCGUGAAGGGCUCUAACACAAGAUACGGCGAGGCUGAAAUCGCCACUGCCUGUCAAGCCUUCCUCAAGCUCAACGACUACCUGCAGGUCGAGACCAUCCAGGCCUGGGAAGAACUCGUCGCCAGAGACAAGGCCAACAUCGAUGUCGUGCCUGUGUGCAUAGGUCCAGACUUCCCCAGGAUUGGCAUGGGGUCUUUUGAUGGACAGGACGAAGUGGACAUUAGGAACAGGUCCGCGUACAACGUCACGUUGCUGAAUUUCAUGGAUCCCCAGAAAAUGCCAUAUCUGAAAGAGGAGCCUUAUUUUGGCAUGGGGAAGAUGGCCGUGAGCUGGCAUCACGACGAAAAUCUGGUGGAAAGGUCAGCGGUGGCCGUGUACAGUUACAGCUUCGAAGGCCCCGAGGACGAGGAGGAAAGUGAGGAGGAUCCUCAACUCGAAGGCAGGGAUCCUGACAUCUGGCACGUCGGUUUCAAGAUCUCAUGGGACAUAGAGACUCCUGGCUUGGCAAUACCCCUUCACCAGGGAGACUGCUAUUUCAUGCUUGAUGAUCUCAAUGCCACCCACCAACACUGUGUUUUGGCUGGUUUACCACCUCGGUUUAGUUCCACCCACCGAGUGGCAGAGUGCUCAACGGGGACCUGGGAUUAUAUCUCGCAGCGCUGCCAGUUGGCUAUGCAGAAUAUCCGGGAUGAGGCGGACAAUGGCGAUGUCUCUUUGAAAUCCUUGGAGCCUGCGGUUUUGAAGCAAGGAGAAGAAAUCCACAAUGAGGUCGAGUUCGAGUGGCUGCGACAGUUUUGGUUUCAAGGCAGCCGGUACAAAAAGUGCAGCGAUUGGUGGUGUCAGCCCAUGACUCAGCUGGAAGACCUGUGGAGGAAGAUGGAGUCCGCGACAAAUGCUGUGCUUCGUGAAGUCCGAAGAGAGGGGGUCCCUGUGGAACAAAGAAACGAAAUCCUGACCGCCAUCCUUGCCUUGCUCAGCAUGCGCCAGAACCUGAGGAGGGAAUGGCAUGCCAGAUGCCAGUCCCGAAUUGCCCGAACUUUACCGGCGGAUCAGAAGCCAGAGUGUCGGCCGUAUUGGGAGAAGGACGACCCUUCGAUGCCUCUGCCCUUCGACCUCACAGACAUCGUUGCAGAGCUCAGAGGUCUGCUGCUGGAAGCGAAAGCCUAGAAAGAGCUCGCGUCACAGGUGGAGGAGGAAAAAGAUUGUUGGCUUCCGCCCUCCAUCCUUGCCGUGGCUCAGGCAAAAGCAUUGUGGGUAGACUCUUUUAGAUUGUAGGACCUGGGUCCCAGUGAGAAACAGCUAGGGAAUGGAGCCCACGAAUGUUAAAAUGUUUUUAAAUGACACGGUGUUAUAAUAUGAUUUGGUAUUAAACAAGAUCCUCCCAAAAAAUUAUCCCCCCCCCCAAAUUAUCCCCCACUUGGAUUUUUAGUGUGAGCCAUUCAGCCCCCAAGGCUAAGGGAGGUGACAAGCGCAGCCCCAGCCUGUGGCAGAGCCCAACCUACUUUCCUCCUCCUCAAGCCCUUUUCGGAGAUGCAAGAGCACAUGACCGCUAGCUACCUGUGGCUUCUUCAAUUUAAAUUCCACUUUAAUUGUAAUUAAAAAUUCGGUCCCUCCGUUGCACUGGCCACAUGUCAAGUGCUUAAUAGCCGCUGUGGGAAGUCCUAGUGGGCAAUACUUCUACACAGAGUUCGAGGGCAGGAGAUCUUCCUUUUCCCCUUCUCUGUAGCUGCUGUCCCCAUAGGCGGAAUAAAUGAAAAGACACACGACUCACUGAAGCCCCUUCCCCUUCUCUGAGAACGACCUAAGUGAAAGCCUGACUUAUGAGUCCUGUACUCUGCACACAGGAAUGGAGACGUGUUGAAAAUGAAAAUUAAACUUGCCAUCCACCCUUCAGGACGGUUCCCUGAUCAAAUGAAAGACACGCAGCCCUGUGUAACCGCUUCGUGGAUUAAGCCAGCAUCAUGUUGGGGUUUUUUUUUCCUAGAAUUCCCUCAUUUGCAUGUCAUGACAGGUGAGGUUGAGGUUUGAAGAACCCCGGCGCCCCAUCCUGCUGCCAUUGGAGCGUUGGAGGGACGACGUAGAGCAGAGGGUAGAGCCUGGGCUCUGGCUUGAGAGUCCCCGGAUCAAAACUCCCACUGGCUUUGUGACCUUUGACAUGUCACUGGGCCUCGGUUUCCUCAUCUAUAUAAUGGGGAUACUGAAGGCACCAGUUCACAAGGUGAAGAUCCACUGAAAUAAUCUAGCUACAGACUUAUUAGAACAAUGUCUGACAUGUAGCUGAAUACCCAAUAAAUAUUAGAAUGAUUAUAUGUCAGUAAGCUGACCUGAUGUAGACAUUUUCCCCUCCCUCCCUGAACCCUUGUGCCACUUUUGUCUUGUGAGACCAUGCACACGUCUCUCCCUUUGGGGCCUGGCUCCUGCCCUUUGGUGACCCUGGGAAUCGUGAGAAUAGUUCGACCCUCUCCCCAGCCCGCUGCCUUCUUUCGUAACUGCAGUAGUUUGAAGGUGAAGACCUCUGGCCCGUAGAGAGGAGCACAAAGACCAAACCUCUCCUGUCCUCAGAAUCGCACUGGUUCACGGUGUGUGUUCAUUCAGAGCAGCCAGGGUCUCCUCAUCUUGAGACUCGGCCUCUCAGACGUUGGGUGAAUUCCUGAUGUCCCUCAAUGUCCUCAUCCGCAAAGGAGGUGAGGCGGGCCUCACAGAGUGGUUUUCCCUUCGAUGGAAUCACGCAGGUGAGGAGUACAUGGCACAGAGAAGUCACGGACUGCGCUCCCUUGGCGCCAUCUAGCCUAGCGUUUGAUUUGGUCCCACAAUGUUUGUUCUUUGUUGUAUUUCAUUAGGUGCCAAUAUUUUAAAAUUGGGCGAUUUCUUAUAAAAACGUGUGUAGUCGCUUCAGAAUUCAGAACAUUGGGCAGCCCUCGGCCUCCGUCCCAGCAGUGGCGACGAGCUACGUGUCUUCUUGCUCAUAGGUGGGGUGCGGACCCUCCGUGGCCCCUGUCGCUCUCUCGUGUCAUUUACUGGAAACCCAAUGAGCUUCACGCUUUCUUGUCAGCACUCCAAACCUGCUUGCUUGACCCCUUCGGUAGAAAUAAACAAUGUUUAGUGCUUA